UUUGCAGCAAAUAAUAAAAUUAUAUUUUAAAAAUACAGGUUUGACUGCUGCUCCCUCGGUCUCCAUCUCUCUUCCAAUCCUCUCCACUUUUUUGCUUGUUUCUUUAUUUCCAUUGACUUAGGGUUUCUCAUUUCCCGUUUCUCAUCCGUCCCUGCUAUUCACUUUAAUCAAUCCAUCGAAUGCAAAGAGAACAUUUUUAUUUUCUAUUUCGGAUCUCAGAUCAUUAAAGACGACGCAAAGUUUAUCAUUUUCUGUUGCUGAGGAGAGAGAGAGAGAGCCGCUGAUCUUUGGUUCUACUGUUUCUGUUAUCAGGAGCAAAUAUUGUACAGCUGUUAAAGUUAUCAAACAUAAAAUGGGGUGUUUUACAGUAUUGAAGAGUAAGAAAAAGAAAUCUGAGCAGCCCAUCUACAAUAAACGUAUCAAUCCUCAGGAAAAUACACCUACCAUGCUCCCUGAACCACAACCUAGUGGUCGCUCUCUUCAGUCCGCCCCUCCAAGCUUCAAAACAAGAGAGACAAAAGGUAGAACCCGGGCUUUAUCUGCUCCUUCAAUGUUAAACGUAGCAGAGAAGGAUGCACUGUCAUCAAUUGAAUAUGAUGAACAUGAAGAAUCCAAGAUUCGAGGUGGGUUCAUAAAGGAACAAUGUGCUCCAAGCCCACAACCUCUCCCUCUUCCAUCACCUCAGAGCACUACUGUUUUGAAGAAUAUGGGAAGCUUCAAGUUAGGGAGUGCCAACAGUUCCAUUCAUGCUUCCGGUCCCUUACCUCUACCUCCUUUAGGAGGACUCCGGAACUUCUCAUAUGAAGAGAUAGCUGCAGCAUGCCAACAUUUUUCCCCUGAACGUUGUAUGUCAGAAGGCCUUUCUUCUGUGAUUUAUAAAGCCUCUUUUGGAGAAGAUUCCCCAGGUUUCAAGAAACUUGAAGCCACGGUUACUCGCUUUCUUCCUUCCAAUCAGGGGUUCAAAGAAUUUGUGAAUGAGAUUAAUAUGCUUGCAUCCUUGCAACAUCCCCUGCUCUGUAAAUUGCUUGGCUACCAUGCACGGGAAGGUUCAGAACAACAGAUGUUGGUCUAUGAGAGGCUCUUCCAUGGAAGUUUAGAUAAACUGCUUUAUGGGAGGUCUGAUGGACCUCCAAUUGACUGGCAUACUCGGAUGAAAGUAGCUCUAUGUGCAGCACAAGGUCUUGCUUUUCUGCACGAAGAAGGUCCUUUUCAGGCAAUGUACAAUGAGUUCUCAACUUCCAAUAUACAGAUAGACAAGGAUUUUAGUGCAAAGCUUUCUGGUUAUGGUUGCGUCAGCCACAACCCAGAGGCAGAGAUUUCCAAUUCUUCAACGGCACUGGCGAAUCUUUCGAUGGAGACAUUAGAGAGGGGAUUACUUACUCCCAAGAGCAAUGUUUGGAGUUUUGGAAUUGUUCUUCUUGAAUUACUCACUGGUAGAAAGAAUCUUGAUAGCCGCCACCCCAAGGAAGAGAUGAACUUAGUUAAGUGGAGCAGACCCUUCCUAGCUGAUGAUUGCCGGUUAUCCCUGAUAAUGGAUCCACGUCUAAAAGGUCGCUUUCCAGCCAAGGCAGCCCGGACAGUGGCAGACAUUGCUCUAAGAUGUCUCCAGAAGGAUCCAUUAGAGAGACCCACCAUGAGAACCAUUGUUGAAUCUCUUAAGAAUGUCCAGGAAAUGAAGUACUCCUGUCGAUUUCCACUCCAGGAGCCUGCUACUGUCACCGGAAAACAUAUGUCAAGGUCACCAAGUCUCAAUGGUGUUGUUACACCAGCCCCCAGAUUAAGUUUAUCGCAUUCUCCACCAACAAGAAGUCGGCCAUCUGUUUCUCCGACAAGGCCACCUUCGUUGCCUAUGUCACUUCCGCCUCGAUCAUGUUGAUCUCACUGGAUGAAAAUGGGGCUCAGGAAAGCCGAAAAUCAGUUUCCUCGACAGUUCGGAGGGCUGGAGUGGAAGGGUUUUGAUUGUUAAUAGGAGUUUUUUUUUUCUUCAUUUUUUUUCCUUUUGUUUUGUAAUUUAACAAUGGUAUAUAAAAGGAUAAAGAUAUGGUUCUUGCACUCAUCCAUCCUACAAGAAUCUAAAAAGCAGAGGAUGGCUUCUGUACAUAAAGAAGAGUUGAAGCCUGUCUGUUUUGAAUGGAUUCAAUCAGUUUUGUCCGAUUCGUUCUCUGAGUAAUUAACGAGUUUGCCCUUUCUCUUA